AUGGCUAAGGAAGCAGUGAGGAAAUUCAACAAAGACUCUGCUGCUAUCGCUGUUGAGGCCUCUGCAAGCAAGCCUAAGAAGGCUACGACUAAGAAGCCAACUCGCAAACCACCAAGUUCCCCAGCAAUGCCCUCAUGGCCAAGCUCAUCUAUGCCCUCAAGGAAAAUUCCUCAAGUUGCUCCAGUUCCUCCUGUUGCAAAACCCUCAGUUGCUCUGACAAAGUCAUCGACACCUGCUGUUGAUGAAAAUGAGAGCACCAGGGCUGAUGAAGCUAUUGCAGCCGCUGAUGAAAUUGCCAGGGAAACCACUAGUGUUGCACCUGAAGAACAAGCCAGGCCAGCUGAAGCAUCUACUGCUGCGCCUGAAGACACUGAACAAGCCAGGGCAACCGCAUCAGUUGCGCCUGAGGUAAAUGAACCAAUUUCCUCCGCUCCUUCUGCACCAACACCAAGUCCUAUUCUUCCUUCUGCAUCAGAAGCGAAGAAAACCAAAGCUGCGGAGCGAGCAACAGUGAAGAAAAGGAAAGCAUCCGCCGCCUCAGAGUCUUCAGCACCAAAGAGAGUGAAGAUUUGA